ACUGUAUCGCUGGAAUCAGGUGAGCCCCCCUAUUGGUGCUCUAGUGGUACAGUCCAAUCGCAGUUUGGAGUUGUUGCUGAGGAGGUUUCGUAGUCCAGCGGACAGACAAGCGUGUUCGAUGGAAGACGGCUCUACUUUCAAAAUGUUCCUGCCUUGCCUAAGGAAUUACCCGCUUUCCAAAGGACAGCAUGCUUUAUUUAUUGUUCUUCUGUACAUCUUGACAGGUGUGGGGGGCAGUCAGGUGUUGGUGCCCCAGAAGGUGAGUGCUGUAUUGGGGAAGAAUGUGACGUUGGGCUGUAGCGUGGAGGUGGGGGCCAACCUCAGUCUUACCCAGAGUUCCUGGGAGCGCCGGCUCCCCACAGGCUCAGUGACUGUGGCGGUGUACAAUCCCGUGUUCGGCAUCUCGAUCCCCCCAAACUACGUGCGCCGCCUGUCCUUCCGCUCGCCCUCCUCCCAUGACGCCACCAUCGUACUGGAGGAUGUGGGCUUUGAGGACAUUGGAGUGUACACCUGCAAGGUGGCCACCUUCCCCCUGGGCAACACACAGGCCUCCACCACUGUCAGCGUGCUCGUGGAGCCCAGGGUGUACGUGUCGGCUGGCUCGGUGGCUCUGAUCGACGAGGGCAAUGAAACGGUGGUGGCCACCUGCAUCGCUGAGCGGGCCCGGCCCCCCGCCGAAGUCUCCUGGGAGACGGACCUGUUUGGGCAAUCAGAGGUGUCGCUGCAGGACGAGGCAAACGGCACAACCAGCACCCAGGUGCGCUACCUGUGGCAGCCCACCCGCCACGUCCAGGGUCACGCCCUCACCUGUGUGGUGCGUCAUCCUGCCCUGCACACAGACUUCAGGAUCCCCUACCAGCUCAACGUGCAGUACGCCCCAGACAUCGUGGUGGUAGGUUAUGACGGUGACUGGUAUGUGGGCCGUGAGAACAUCCAACUGACCUGCAAAGCCAACGCAAACCCACCAGCACACCACUUCACAUGGAUCAGACUGGACGGGAAAAUGCCAGAGGGGGUGGAGAUAGUGAACAACACGUUGCUGUUUCUGAGACCCCUCCAACGGAAUGACUCUGGAGUCUACAGGUGUGAGGUUGCCAAUGACAUCAACCUACGCAGCAGGGACCUGCGGAUACGCAUACAAGACCAGCCUCAGGAAAAGAGGGCGAACUCUGUUGCUGUGGCAGGGGCAGUGAUAGGGGCUGUCCUCGCCCUCUUCCUCAUAGCCGUCUUCACCAUCGUCAUCCUCACUGCACAGAAGACCUCGGCCCCAACGUACACAGACAAAGUGAUUGAUCUCCCUCCGACGCACAAGCCUCCUCCUCCCUACACAGAGAGACCGUCAGCCAUCCCUCUGGUUGUCCACGCACCACAGGUGGCCUCCCUUUCACAGGCUCACAGGGCUGUGCGGCAGUUUGAGAUGGCAGAGAGAACACCUGCCAGGCUCACACCCCGGGAACCCCGAAGCCCCUCCCACCAGCCUCUGUCCUAUCAGGAGUGGGUGUGUCACCAGAACGGGGCGGAUCGCAUCUACAUCAACCACCGGGAACACUAUGUGUGACGGACACGUCCUAAACCUUCUAUGGACCUGUCAAUCAAUCACUCACCCUGCCCCACCCAUCGCCAUGCAGGCUCACAGAGGCCGUCCUUUUCAAUGUGAAGAACCCAGGCAACGAAAUAGUUUGACUUGACCAAGCCUUCAUAGAUGAGUCUACUCCACAUUUAACAUCAUUUGAGAGCAGCAGUUAUCACCUGUAGGAAGCAAGACUAAUGAGGCCGAAGCAUAAACUGCUGAGUUUCUCUGAGGAACAACAAGCCAAACACCACCUCCACUCCCCUUCUCCGAACCACCGCACACACACCUAUUCUGUUCCCAACCACAUCAAUGAACAGAGGACAACAGCAUAGGGAAGAGCAGGAAGACAGAUUUGUUACAGUACCACAAAGUAACUAUUUAAAAUGGAACACUAAGCUCUGCUUUGUACCCUAUAGGAGUGGAAUAAUAUGAAAACACCAUACUAAGCUCUCUUAUGUAUAGGAGUUGAAUGUGUUACUAUGUCACUGUGGCUAUGUGAUAAUCCUGUGUACAGGUAUGCUCUUUGAAUUAGUUACAACUAAUACUUUUUUUAGGAUUGUGGUAAACACCAGGCAUAUCUCUGUACCGUUCUGGUAAACACACAGCCAAUUUAGUAGGAUUCUAACUUCAUGGUAUAAGAACAGAAAUAGUAACAUUGUCUGAAGGACCAUGCACCAGGACAUCAGGAUCUGAACAGAGAUGGUAACAUUGUCUGAAGGACCAUGCACCAGGACAUCAGGAUCUGAACAGAGAUGGUAACAUUGUCUGAAGGACCAUGCACCAGGACAUCAGGAUCUGAACAGAGAUGGUAACAUUGUCUGAAGGACCAUGCACCAGGACAUCAGGAUCUGAACAGAGAUGGUAACAUUGUCUGAAGGACCAUGCACCAGGACAUCAGGAUCUGAACAGAGAUGGUAACAUUGUCUGAAGGACCAUGCACCAGGACAUCAGGAUCUGAACAGAGAUGGUAACAUUGUCUGAAGGACCAUGCACCAGGACAUCAGGAUCUGAACAGAGAUGGUAACAUUGUCUGAAGGACCAUGCACCAGGACAUCAGGAUCUGAACAGAGAUGGUAACAUUGUCUGAAGGACCAUGCACCAGGACAUCAGGAUCUGAACAGAGAUGGUAACAUUGUCUGAAGGACCAUGCACCAGGACAUCAGGAUCUGAACAGAGAUGGUAACAUUGUCUGAAGGACCAUGCACCAGGACAUCAGGAUCUGAACAGAGAUGGUAACAUUGUCUGAAGGACCAUGCACCAGGACAUCAGGAUCAAGCAUACCAGAUAGCAACAGUAUACCAGAUAGUAACAUAUAAUGAAAUUCGCUGUACUCUAUCAUGUAAUUUAAAUGUUGAGAAAAGAUGAAUGUGGUUUAAUGCUUCGAGAAGUUAACUGAAUCAUAGAAAAAGGAAACUUUCGCACUUGGAAUUGAAACAUGAAUACGUCAGUGGAAAAAUCCUAUUUGUGUUAUUUCGCUGCAAUUUCGUAGAGGUCUUUCUUGCGCCAUUUAUAUAUUU